AUGGAGCAGAAAGAUCAGCUGGACCAAAAAAUCUUCUCUUGUUCCAUCUGUGUGGAUCUACUGAAGGAUCCGGUGACUAUUCCCUGUGGACACAGCUACUGUAUGAACUGUAUUAAAAGCUUCUGGGAUGGAGAGGAUCAGAAGGGAAUCUACAGCUGCCCUCAAUGUAGGCAGACCUUCACACCGAGACCUGUCCUGGAGAAAAACACCAUGUUAGCAGCUUUAUCAGAAGAGGGGAAGAAGACUGGACUCCAAGCUGCUCCUACUGAUCACUGCUAUGCUGGACCUGAAGAUGUGGCCUGUGAUUUCUGCUCUGGAAGAAAACUGAAAGCCAUCAAGUCCUGUUUAGUCUGUCUGGCCUCUUACUGUGAGAAACACCUUCAGCCUCAUUAUGAUGUGGCUCCAUUAAAGAAACACAAGCUGGUGGAGCCCUCCAAGAACCUCCAGGAGAACAUCUGCUCUCAUCAUGAUGAGGUGAUGAAGAUGUUCUGUCGUACUGAUCAGAAGUGUAUCUGUUAUCUUUGCCCUGUGGAUGAACAUAAAGGCCACGACACAGUCUCAGCUGCAGCAGAAAGGACUGAGAGGCAGAGAGAGCUGGAGGUGAGUCGACAAGAAAUCCAGCAGAGAAUCCAGGACAGAGAGAAAGAUGUGAAGCUGCUUCAACAGGAGGUGGAGGCCAUCAAUCACUCUGCUGAUAAAACAGUGGAGGACAGUGAGAAGAUCUUCACUCAGCUGAUCCGUCUCAUCCAGAAAAGAAGCUCUGAUGUGAAGCAGCAGAUCAGAUCCCAGCAGGAAACUGAAGUGAGUGGAGUCAAAGAGCUUCAGGAGAAGCUGGAGCAGGAGAUCACUGAGCUGAAGAGGAAAGAUGCUGAGCUGAAGCAGCUCUCACACACAGAGGAUCACAACCAGUUUCUACACAACUACCCCUCACUGUCAGCACUCAGUCCUCGGUCCUCCAGAGUAGGAGUGUAUCUGGAUCACAGAGCAGGUAUUCUGUCCUUCUACAGCAUCUCUGAAACCAGGACUCUCCUCCACAGAGUCCAGACCACAUUCACUCAGCCGCUCUAUGCUGGAGUUGGGAUGAGUUCUGAUCACAAAAGUGUCAAGUUUUGUUAACCUGAUUAGACAAAAGUAACUGAGGCUUCAGAUUAUUUUAUAAUAAUUUUGUGUCAUUGUUCUUUUUUUCUUAUUUUUAUAAUUGUAAUAAUUUCUUCUGUGAAUUGUUUUCUCCACCAAAGAUCAUGUUUAUAGACUCGGUAAAGACGAUUGAUUAAACAGAUGAAAAAGUGUAAAAACUGAGUUCAUGUUUGAAGACAUUUAGUUGAGUCCUGACAUGUUAAAUAACAGAUGUGUCAGUGUGAGCUUGACAUGAUUUCAUGGGUUGUGUUUUCUUCAUCUUCUUCUUUAACUUGUGUUGAUUCACAUUGAGGCUCAUCAGAUGUAAAGUUUGUAUUUUCAGCUCAUUUUGUCUGAGGUGUAAUAUUUCAGUCUGAAAGAAACAUGUUGACUCAUUUUAAGCAUCAAUACAUAAUAACUGAUGCUUGAUGGAGAUUUAUAUGGAGAAUUUUUCUUUGUAAUGAUGCUCUCUGGCACAUAGAUCAUGUGUGAGAUACUGAAAAUGAAACUUAAAAUGUUAUCAUUUAUUCUGCAUGUUGAUACUUAUAUAUGUGAUACUGUGAGUGUGUUGU